AUGGAAGAAAAUCAAAAUUUAGAGGAGAAUACCUAUUCACAAGAAGAAGUAGAUCGUAUCACCUAAGAAUCCAUUGAAAGUGUCUUAAAAGAAGUUCAAUAUGAUGAAUCCAAAGUCCAAGGUUGGAUUAAUGCAAUUUGCGAAAAAGUUACAUAAUAAUUAAUUGAAUUGGGAAAACCAUACAAAUAUAUAGUUCAUUGCAUGAUUAUGUAAAGAAAUGGAGCAGGAGCAUUUGUUACAACUUCACAAUGGUGGGAUACUGUUGCUGAUGGAUAAAUCAUCAUAUCCUGGCCAAAAGAUAAAUAAGCAAAAUAAGAGCAAUAAAAAAAUACUCUCCAUUGUAUUUGUAGUGUCUUUGCAGUAAGCAUGAUUUGA